AUGGACCGGACCAAAGACUUGAAUGACCGCAGCCCGUCUUCCCUUGACCGCUGCAUGAGCGUGUGGGACCCGUCGAGCAUCGGCCCAGAUAGCAACGGGUCGUUCGACAGCGGGGCCCACCAGGGGGGCUCGAGGUACAACCUCGAGGAGGUCGAGUCGGCCACGCAGCAUUUCUCGGAGGUGAAUCUCAUGGGGAAGAGCAAGUUCUGUGGGGUCUACAGGGGGAUUCUGAAGGACGGGUCUGUUGUGGCGGUUAAGUGCAUCGGUAAGACGACCUGUAAAUCGGAGGAGGAAGAGUUCUUGAGAGGGCUAAGCCUGCUGAAUUCGCUCAAGCAUGAGAAUCUUGUGGAGCUGAAAGGGUUCUGCCGGUCGACGGCCAGGGGGGAGUGCUUCCUGAUUUACGAUUUUGCCCCUGGGGGUACUCUGUCCAGGUAUCUCGAAAGCGAUGUUGUAGGUAGUAAUACUGGCACUAGCACUGGCACUGUGCUUGAUUGGAAGACCAGGGUCUCUAUCAUCCAUGGCAUUGCUAAAGGUGUACGGUACCUACACAGCAACGAGACGAACAAGCCCCCGAUCAUCCACCAAAACAUCUCGGUCGAGAAAGUUCUGCUCGACCAGUAUCUGAACCCCCUGAUUCUGGAUGCGGGCCUUCUCAGGCUUUUAGCGGACGAUGUUGUAUACUCGGCCCUCAAGGCCAGUGCAGCAUUGGGCUACAUGGCUCCCGAGUACGUCACCACAGGCCGGUUCACAGAAAAGAGCGACGUGUAUGCAUACGGGGUCAUUAUUUUCCAGUUAUUGUGCGGCAAGACAAAGCUCCCGGGGUCCACUCGGGCUGCAGCUGAAGCUGGGAAAUUCGAGGAGUUUAUAGACCCAAAGCUCAAAGGCGAUUUUUCGGAAACCCAGGCGAGACUGCUGACGAGGAUAGCUUUGGACUGCACGAACGAGGAUCCGGAGAGUAGGCCAAGCAUGGCAUCUGUCGUGCGGGAGCUGAAAAAUGAAGUGAAGGGUGGCUAG